AUGUACACGGCCACGGCGUCGCCGCGCGCGCACCGGCAGCAGCAGUACCAGCCGCUGCGCCACAUCGAGGGCCUCACGCUCCGGUCCGCGCUCCGCAGCAACCCGCAGGCCUCCGCGCUGGCCGUGGCCGCGCUCCUCGUCCCGCUCGGCGGCGCGCUGCUCGGCCUCUCCGGCCUCGUCCUGCUGGGCACGCUCGCCGGCGUCGCCCUCGCGGUGCCUCUCGUCGUGCUCUUCAGCCCCGUGCUCGUGCCCGCCGCGCUCGGGGCGGCGCUCGCCGUGGCGGGCCUCGUCGCCGCCGGCGCGCUGGGCGUGUCGGGGCUGUCCACGCUCGUCUGGAUCGCGGGGUACGUUCGGAGAGGCGGCGCCCGCGGCGACACCGGCGCGGUGGCCGGGAUGGUGGUGAAGCCGUUGGACAGCGGGAAGCGGCACGUCGCGGAAGGGGCGCCGCCGACGUUCGUCGGGCACCGGCUCCGGGACUCGGGGGACGGGUUGAGCAGCAAAGCGAAGGACGUCGCCAGCGCGUCUUAG